CCUAGUGAUACACCAGAGGACUCAUACAGGAGAGAAACCCUUUGAAUGUCCCGAUUGUGGGAAAAGUUUUACUAAAAACUCCCAUCUCAUUAGCCACCAGAGGAUUCACACAGGAGGGAAACCCUUUAAAUGUCCUGAUUGUGGGAAUAGUUUCAGUCAGAACUCCCAUCUUGUGAGACACCAGAGAACUCACACAGGAGAAAAACCUUUUGCAUGUGCUGAUUGUGGGAAAAGUUUCACUCGGAAUUCCAGCUUGGUGAUACAUCAGAGAACUCACACAGGAGAGAAACCUUUUGAAUGUCCUGAUUGUGGGAAAUGUUUUAGUGAGAAUUUCAGCCUGGUGAAACACCAGAGGACUCACACAGGAGAGAAACCCUUUGAAUGUCCUGAUUGUAGUAAACGUUUCGGUCAGAGUUCCCAGCUCGUGAUACACCAGAGGACUCACACAGGAGAGAAACCUUUUGAAUGUCCUGAUUGUGGAAAAAAAUUCAGUAACAAUUCCAGCCUGGUGACACAUCAGAGGACUCACACAGGAGAGAGACCUUUUGAAUGUCCUGAUUGUGGAAAAAGUAGGACUCACACAGGAGAGAAACCAUUUGAAUGUUCUGAUUGUGGAAAACGUUUCAACUGUGGGAAAGAUUUCAGUACUAGGUCUAACCUUAUAAAUCAUGUGCUUAUACACACAGGGGAGAAACCAUUUAAGUGCCCCGAAUGUGGACAGUGCUUCAGGAAACCAUCCACUCUUAUCGCACACAAGAAAAUCCACAUGAGGCCCAAAAUGAUAUGGGCCUCCUUGUUAGCCUUUGAUGGCUGGGAAGGUGUGAGCAGCACCAAGAGGCUAAUACUUGUGUGGUCCCCCCCCUUUGAGGAGAG